GUUGGUAUAAUUCAAAAAUUAGACAAGCAUGGCAGCCGGACCUGUAACCGAACGAAAUCAAGAUGCAACUAUCUAUGUUGGAGGUCUUGAUGAUAAAGUCAGCGAGACCUUACUUUGGGAGCUGUUUCUUCAAUCAGGACCUGUUGUAAAUGUUCACAUGCCAAAAGACCGCAUCACUCAACUCCAUCAAGGCUAUGGUUUUGUUGAAUUUCUUGGUGAAGAAGAUGCAGACUAUGCAAUAAAAGUGAUGAAUAUGAUCAAAGUGUAUGGAAAACCUGUCAGAGUAAACAAGGCGUCUUCGCACAAUAAAAACUUGGAUGUGGGUGCAAAUAUAUUUAUUGGCAACUUGGAUCCCGAAAUUGAUGAGAAACUGCUCUACGAUACUUUCAGCGCUUUUGUGAUAUUGCAAACACCUAAGAUAAUGAGAGAUCCAGAGACUGGUAACUCGAAGGGCUUCGCUUUUGUAAACUUCGCAAGUUUUGAUGCAGCUGAUGCGGCCAUCGAAGCAAUGAAUGGACAACAUUUGUGUAACCGACCUAUAAGCAUAUCUUACGCGUUCAAAAAAGAUUCAAAAGGAGAAAGACACGGCUCUGCUGCAGAACGUUUGCUCGCUUCACAAAAUCCUCUCGCUCAAGCGGACAAACCUCAUCAACUGUUUGCCGACGCUCCCCCAACACAAGUGAAUGCCUUUGAUCCGACAAUGAUGAUGGCGGGUGUUGUACCCCCACCUCCGACGAUGCCGCCUCCAGGUCUUCCUCCUCCAGGUAUGAUGCCCGGACAAAUGCCUGUUCCUGGGUUUCCUCCUCAGGGCCUUCCACCUCCUGGAUUGCCUCCCGCUCCUCCACCACCCAUGCCGAUGAGAGGACCCCCUGGAGAUCAGGGGAGGUCCUCCCGGCCCACCUCCUCCGCGCCCCUUGAUGUCGGCAGCUCCUCACGGAUUCCCAACCAACAGCAACCGCAACAACAGAUGAACGGACCACCUGGCCCACAAUCGAAUGCCUAUGAUGCCGCCGUU